AUUACAUGGGGCAAAUUGUAUUUUAAACAAAUCUCAAGAGUAUAUUUGUAAUCUAUCCAUGAAUUUUCUUAAGGGCAAACUUCACUUUACUCUGUUUGGGCUAGGUACGGUUUACCCUCUCAACGUUUACAAAUGAUCACAUAACCCUCUUGUGGUUUGUAGACUAAAGUAUACUGUUAGACCCGUUAAUGAUUUAAAAAAAAGACUAAAAUACUCUUGUAUUUUCGUCAUUUGUUUCGCAUUUAUUGUUAAGUUGGACAAAAUAUUUAACGGUGUUCAAUGGUGCACUUUAGUACACAAACCACCUGGGGAUUAUUUGGUCAUUUCCAAACAUUAAAGGGUUAAACUGCAAGUGGCCCAAACCGCAGGGGUAAAGUGAAGUUUGCCCUUUCCUUGAAACACAUGCGUAGACAAACUUCUUUGAUGGGUAUUUUGUAACCGAAAAUUCAUUAGGGGUUGAUAAUUUUACUCACCGAGAAGAAUAUCGAUCUCCCAUUUAUAUAUGUAGAUUGUUUCGAGAUCACGUCUGACUCUGCCACAAAAGUUAAAAGAGGAAACAAUUCAUAUACUAAAGGGAAAAGAAUACAUUGAAUAAACAAAACUAUAAUGCGUCUUCUUUGCUAAAUCUCUACCUAUUUUGCUUUUCCUUAUAUUUCCAUUUGAUAAUGUCAUUUUUUCUGGAUAAGCAAUAAGUUGUUGAAAUGUGCUUUUUUAUAUUGGAAAAUGCAUUCAUGGAGAACAAAAGCAUUAAGUCAUUAUGGGUUGAGAUGAGGAAGUAGUAGUGAUGUAGAACACUUUCAGGAAAAGAGGAUAGAGAAGAAGGAAGAGAGGAAGUACACAAGGGCCACAACUCUAAUCACAACCCCACUCAAUAUUCUCAACUCAAAGCUCAAUGUUACCAUGUAAAGCCCUAAUCAACUUAGGAAAUUAAAUCUUAACACUAUUUGGAAACUCAUCAGUUGUUAAUAAAAUAAAACUAUAAUUAAAAAUAAAAAAAGUAUAAAUAUUUAAGACAUAAUAAAAUAUAUAAAAUCGCCAUGCCAAACUCCUGCAUUAAGUAGAUAUAUGAUAUUCUAAGGUACAAUUGACACACUUUUUUUUUCCCCUUGGAAAAAAAUCUUAUAUGUUCUACUGUUCUCUAUUUACAUUGUCAGGUCAUAAAUUUCAAGUUGAAGAAAAAUGGAAGGUGGAAAUCACCAUGAUGAUGAAUCUAGUGACAGAGGACUUUUCUCUCAUCUUGCUGGCUAUGCUACUGGACAAUACCCUCCGUCUUAUGGGGCAUAUCCUCCUCCAGGAUAUCCCCCUCAAGGAUAUUUGCCUCAAGGAUAUCCCCCUCAGGCCUACUCGCCAGCUGGAUAUCCUCCUGCUUGUGGAUACCCACCAGCUCAAUAUCCUUUCCCAGGUGGGUACCCACCGGCAGGUUAUCCUGGUCUGUCAGCAUAUCCUGCCCCAGGUGGAUAUCCACCGGCAAUUUAUCCUGGUCCAUCAGCUCUCCCUCUUUCAGGUAUGUUUGAUUCAUUUCUUUCCAAAAUUCUUUUAUGCUGUGUUUGGUUGGGGGAUUUGAGAAGGGAUUUGGAAAGAGAAAUGGAAAAGGCAGGUGAAAUGUGAAUAAAAUAUGUAUGUAUUUCUCAUAAUUUCACACACCUUUUCCCUUUCCCUUUCCAAAUCCCUUAUCAAAUUCCCCAACUAAACACACCAUAAAGGAUUUGGAGUCAUCUGACAUGUAAAGGUGAAUUGUCAUUACAACUUGCAAGAAAUUGUUGAAUAAUAUUUUAAUUGCUUCUAGAACUUUCAAUUGGUUUGCAUGUGUUUAUGCAUUGUUUUUGAACCCAGAGCAUGAAAUAACGGUUUUGAUUAAAAGCAGAAAUAAUUGUUUUUAUGAUAAUUUUCGGCACCAAAAAAGUUGCAGAAUUCCACUUCACCUCUGCACUAAAGAGGAUGAGAAAAGUAGGAGGUCUAAAUUUGGAAGACUGUUAAAUCUUCAUAUCUCAUUGCUGAACUCUAUUUCUUGUGUCAUUUCUUGGCCUUUUCGUACAUCUACUUUUUCAAUAUAAUCUGCUUGUUAAAAUUACAUCUCUGUAAUGUCUUGGUGAUCCUUGACCUUGAAGUACACAGAUUUAGAGUGCUGUUUGUUUUCCUUGCUACUUUUCCAUUGUUGAUAGCUUGUAAUUUCUUUGCACUGGUCAUGGGCCUAAUAUGGGAGCAUUGAUAGCUGGUGGCGCUGCUGCUGCAGCUGCCGCUUAUGGGGCCCACCAGCUCUCACAUGGUGCCCAUAAUCUUACCCAUGGGGGUUGCUGCGGUCAUCACCAUGGAAAGUUUAAGCAUGGG